CCAGCCAGGCAGCCGCGGGCCUGCUCCACCAGAGAUGUCGUCUGGCUCGGGGCCACCCCUGGCACCCCUCCACGAUCCCUCCACUCCGACUCGCCCCGAGGAGAAGAAGAGCCAUUCUGGUGACGGCCAGAUCGGUGCGGCGUCUGCGCCAAAUCCGGGACCGCCAGCCCGUUUGGGCAAUGCAGGGCAGCAGAAGCUGCGGCUGCAGAUGCAAAUCAUGUGUUCGCAGAGACGCCAGAGAAAGGCUGAGAUGGGUGGAAAGCGCCCAAGCUGCCGGCUCAGUCGCUGGAGUAGCGCCGCCUGUGCAGGAAAAGAAUCCGGCGGCCGCGAUUGGCCAAUUGGCUCCUUUGUCAGCAGAACAGUGGGGCAAAAGACAAAAGAACAGAUUGAGAAGAUGAGAUUGAGCAAGACGGUAAAGAGGAACAGCGGGCAAAGUAAGAGUCACACCUUUCAGAGGGUCACCAAAAUCCACACCCAGCGGCGAGCAGGAUCUGAGACUCCCGGCGUGGCUUGUGUACUACAACAAAAGUUCGCAGGGGACACUAAGACGCUGUCCGUGGAAGACUCUAGCCGCCCAACCAACGAGGCAUACAUGCGGGCUUGCCAUCGAACCACGGCAGCUACCAAGACUAGACCAUGGUAG